GGCCACAAAAAAAAAAAUUUAUGCAAAGUUACAUAAUUAAACCUGACGAGUAUAAAAAAGGGUCGACUCUUCUUCCCCAAGCGUUAUUUUUUUUCAGACUUGUUGAAUCAUUAUGUCAGAUCAUACAACAGAAAAAGAAGCAGUAACAGAUAGCUACAAGUCAAAGUUAUACAACGAAAUCAUUCCAUUAAUACUAAUAUCGCUUGGUUCAUUUUAUGUCAGUAUUCUUCUUUAUCGAUAUAUACGCUGGAGAUACCGCAAACAAAAGGCCAAGAAGAUGCGAAUAAAUCGACAAAAGCUAGAACGGUUUUUUAUGGAUAGAGCAGCUUAUUUGGAUUCCAGACAUAGGAUACAAAAACCCUCGCACUGUUAUAGCGAUGAUAAACCCCCCUUUGAUUCAAAUGUAACGUUGGUAGUGAAUGGUGAAGAAAGAUACAUUAAACAGCAGUAUUUACGUCACUCCAAAAAAGAAACAAUGAGUCACUCGCAGCAGAGAAAAAGAAGGCAAUUAUUAUGGCAGUGGAGUGUUUCCAUGGGAUAUUGUAGAUAUAGUCACGGGCACCAUUUAGAUUCGAUGAUCGAUAAACUUGUAAAGCGCAGUGGUACUGAUAGUGCCUGCUAAUUUUGGGGUUGUUAUGUACAUAAAAAAAAUAAAAUAUAUUUAGAUAAUGAUGGGCUCGUGCGUAGUCAAGUAGAC